GUGAAGCAGCUCAGUCUGCUCCUGUGCUGAGAUGGUUAAAUGAACCAACCCUCAGGUACACCAAAAGCAGAUGAGGAUUUGUAAGAAAUUGAACAGGGUGUCAGCAAAGAGGUUACAAACUAACGGACUUGGAAGCUGCAUCUGUGCUUGGAAAGCAAACACUGAAGUUGAUUUGCAUGUUAAAGAAGUAACAGGCUAAGGACUUCCUGUCGGAGCUGAGCUGAAGCUGAAGGCUGCGGUCACACAGCUCUCUGUGUCACCUUCUCUUCCCUCCCUCCUCUUUUUUUAUUUGGGGCUGGAUUUAAGAAUCAGUGAAUGUCAAAGAACAAUUCUUUGAGCAGCAGCAGCAGCCUUCCAGCCAGGGCUUGCACCAAGAAAACAUCCUUCUGCUGCUGGGCAUUGAACCAGAAGGAAAAACCUGGUUGCACUGAAAGGCAGUAAACCAUGGAGCCAAGCAAAGGCAGGAAUGGUGCUGGCAGUGGAUAGCUGUGACUCCCACGGGGCAAGAUGUGCCCUCCUGCAGGUGACUGCUGCAAAUCCUCCUACAUACUCUUGGCUCUGCAUAUUUCAACAGAUGUUUACAGAGCAGCUCACGUCUUUUCCAGAGCAGCUGAUCUUACCUACUGCUUGAUGGAAUGUCAGAAAUCUUCCCUUAAAAACUCCAGAUUUUCCUGCAGAAAUGUGUCACAAAGAAGUGGUUUUUGUUGCUGGAAAGGACUGUUAAGGGCUGGCCUUGUUUUAGUGCACACACACGUGUAAGUGUGUGGACACACAGGACUGUGCUCUGAUUUUGCAUCUCAGACGUGCCUCACAGAAUCCAGAAGGUUGUCUUUCCUCUGUCAAUAUUUGUGGCUGGUUAAUGAUCAACCUCUUGACCUCAUGGCUGUUCCUGGUGUACAUCCAAAUCUCUCUCCUGUCUUCCCCUGGAAAAAAAAGAAAAGAAAAAGUGAGUACAAUUGCACAGCUCUGUGUACAGUGAAUGCAUUCUGGCUCCUGUGGUUGGGGGAAAAUGAGGUAUGUGCUGCUGAUUCCUGCAAUGUUUGGCCUGGGGAGGUGAUGUGAAAAACACAAAGUUCUGUCUUGUAAGUUUUGCUGCCAGAUAGGUGGUGGGUGGGUGGUUUCCUCACUGGGGUUGGUGCCCACACUCUCAUUUGACAAGACCAUCAACAGUGAUACAACAGCUGCUGUUGUUAGAAAGUGCUGGCUGGAACAUGCAGGUCAGCCCUUAACUGGGACCCUGCACCACUUCGAGGAGGCUGUCACUGGAGCUGGCUUCUGCUCAGUGUGGGCCUGAUCCACAUCUCCCAUGUUCACUGGUGCUUUUUUAUUGCUUCUGUGGGCUUUGAUCCCAGCCUGGGUCAGUCUCUGGUGCCUUGUGAACUGUUGGGAUUCCUGUUGCAGUGCGUAGUCAUCUGUGGUGUGGAGAAAGAAUGGGCAUCAGAUCCAAAUAAACUGGGUACAAUCUGCUCUGUUUCUCUCUUCUCUGGUCCCCUUCUACCUCUUUGUCUUUUUUGCAGGCCAACUCACCCAUGUUGUCUUUGUAACGAUAUCCCAGUUUUAUCCCUCUUUUUCCUCUGAAGGAAGUCAGCAGGAAGGCAGUGUUCUGAAUGCUCACUAAAAUGGAGAGCAGUUCCUCACCUGUGGUGCUUCUCCUGUUGCUGUGCUCCAUCAACAGCAGCUGUCCAUUUUCAUCUUCAGUGCUGAUGAGGAAAGAUGAAGCACACGAGGUGCUGAAAGUCCACAAACGUGCUAACUAUUUUCUGGAGGAGAUUCGUCCAGGGAACCUGGAGAGAGAGUGCAAUGAGGAAAAGUGCUCCUUUGAGGAGGCUAAAGAGAUCUUCCACGCACAAGAGAAAACGAUGGAGUUUUGGUUCAUCUACCAAGGUUUAAAUCCAUGUAGUACCAACCCCUGUAUGAAUGGUGGAGUCUGCAAAAUUAGACACUAUAAUUACUUCUGCAUCUGCCCCCCAAGAUUUGGAGGAGCCAACUGUGAAAAAGCACCAUUCCCAUGUGGCCUGAUUAAAGCCAGGCAAGCUCUGGAGGAAGGAUGGCUGGGGCAGAAGCAGCUCCUGAGGGGACUGCCCCAGCCUGGGGAUGAUGUGACCAAGUGGCAUGAGAGCACCAUCAGGCAAACAGAGCCAGAAGAAAGUGCUGUUGGGGAAAACGAGACCUUAAAGCAUGCCUCUGGGCAGAGCAUGCACAUGGAGGGUGAUGCCACACAGACUGAGGUGGCAGGAGAUGCUUCCAGCUGGAAGGAGACACGGGUGGAGUCCGUGACCCAGCAGCUGUCAAGAGAUGAUGCUGCUGAGCCAGAGGUGCAUGUCCCUGAAGAGCACAGUGAAGGACUAGAAGGGACCACUGAGUCUGGCCAGCCUGCUUGGAGUGAGCCAACUCAGGGCCCUGCAUGGCUGAACAAGGCUCCAGCAACUGCUCCCGGGCAGAAGGACAUGGUGGGAAAUGCUGCUGACCAAAACCGAACAGGGGAGAGCGCCGAGCAGAAGGCAGCAGGGACCAGCCAGGCUGCGGCCGAUGGAGGUAACCACGGCAGCGACUGGGGAAACGCUUCGGACACGCCGCAGCCUGCCCAGGCAGACCUCGGCGCUCCUCUAGAGAACAGUGACUCCAGGAUAACAGGAGGAACUCUGUGUCACCGUGGACACUGCCCCUGGCAGGUUUUGAUCCGGAAUAGCAAAGAUGUUGGUUUCUGCGGCGGGAGUUUAAUCAGCAGCCGCUGGGUGGUGACUGCUGCGCACUGCCUGGAUCUGGUCAGACCACAUCACGUCACUGUAGGGGACUUUGACAAGUAUCAAAGAGAAUUCAAAGAGCAGAAGAUUAACGUGGCACAGAGCUGGACACAUCCACACUACGACUCCAAUGACUACAACAGCGACAUCGCCUUGCUGUACUUGAGCAGCAGCGUGAUUGUGAACGAGUACGCCAUCCCCAUCUGCCUGCCGAGCCCCAGCCUGGCCACCCUGCUCUCUGAAGAAGGCAGGGUAGGGAUGGUGAGUGGCUGGGGUGCCACUCACGACAGGGGCUCGACUCUGCGCUUCCUGAUGCAAGUGCGGCUGCCCAUCGUCAGCCUGGAGACCUGCCAGCAGGCCAUGGAGCGCCUGGUCACCGACAACAUGUUCUGUGCCGGCCACACCACUGAGGUAGCAGAUGCCUGCAAAGGGGACAGCGGGGGCCCUUUCACCGUGCCUUACCACAACACCUGGUUUCUCCUGGGCAUUGUCAGCUGGGGCGAGGGCUGUGCAGAAAAAGGGAAGUAUGGUGUGUACACCAGAGUGGCCAACUACAUCCCCUGGAUUAAAGAGGUUGUUGAGAGUGUGGCAGAUUCAGAAAACUUCACCAUUCACUUUUCUUGACACCAGGGACAACCCUGCUCCUACAGUCUAAGGCACUAUGCAGUUCCUGCCCUUAACGGUGUAAAAGUCAAGAUUACCUUCACAGAGAUGCUGAGCCUCUCUACAUUGGUUAAAGAAAUGGUUACAUUGGUCACUGCAGUAGUACUGAGUGCAAGACUUGGGUACAAUAAAUAAGUAUUCUGGAAAUAACAA